GUUCUCUCUCACCAGCGUCCUUUUGUCUAGCCUACUCACAACUCUAUCGCUUCGCUGAGCUUCUCAUCGAUAGUCAUUCAGCGUCCUCCAUCGCCUCCCCACCUCCCUUGACUACCAUGACGGCCGACAUCACGCCUCUCGACGUCUGCGUUGUGCUCCAGGAGCUUCCGGCCAGCGACCUCGCAAAGGUGAAGGCAGCUUUCAAGGAGGUGCACUACCACCCGGACUUUGUGAUGCCGCCCGAGCUCCUGCCGCGUGUCCAGUUCCUCUACACAGCAUGGCAGGGCCUGCCGGGCGACCUCACAGUCCACGACAUGCCGCAGCUGCGGCACGUCCAGCUGCCGACGGCGGGGGUGGACACGGCGCUGCGCCUUUCCUCUGGCAUCCGGGAGCUCCGCGACCAAGGCGACAAAGCCAAGGUCACUUUCGCGAAUGCGUCCGGCACGCACGCGCUGUCUAUCCCGCCCUGGAUUGUCGCCAUGACCGUCAACCUUUUCCACCAGUUCCAGGUUGUGCUGACAGUGGCCCGCGAGAAGCAGGAAUGGCGCAAGGACUAUGGUAUCGACCUGCGCGGGCAGUACUACACCUCGCGCAAUCUGUACGGCCGUACCGCCGGACUGAUUGGGUACGGAGCUAUCGGACGCGAGACGGCUCGUCUCCUCAAGGCCUUCGGGAUGCGGAUCAUCGCCGCGAACACGAAGGGCACGCGCGCCAGCGACCCCGAGUACGUUAUUCCCGGAACGGGGGACCCCGACAGCUCGAUCCCCGAGAGAAUGUACAAGACAUCGGAACCGGCAUCGCUCGAUGAGUUCUUGGCCGAGUGCGACGUCCUUAUCACAUGUGUGCCGAGCACGCCGCUGACUCGCUGGCUACUCAACCGCGACCGCCUAAAGCUACUCAAGAAGGACGCGAUCUUCAUUAACGUCGGACGAGGCGACAUCGUCAAGUCUGAGGACCUCCUUGCCGCAUUGAAUGACGAGGAACACGGUCUCUUCGGCGCAGCGAUCGACGUCACAGACCCCGAGCCACUCCCCACCGGUCACCCGCUCUUCACGCACCCCCGCUGCAUCGUCUCCCCGCAUCUGACGGGCAACGCCGAGGGCGAGUUCGAGAUCGCGACGGACAUCUGCGUCGCCAACGCCCAACGCAUUCGCGAAGGAAAGCGGCCGUUCAACCUCGUCGACCUGACAAAGGGAUACUAGAUCACCACGACUGCAAGCUGAGAGACGUGGCUGAAUCUCCCCCCAGCUCGGUGUCAUAGGAUGCUUAAGAUGCCUGCAAGCAGACUCUAUGUGAGCUAUUAAGCACGGCGUUUGCCAAAUGACAUCUUGCUGGUCUGGACGCGCAUGGCCAGCCCAGUGGCGAUGAGCGGGAUGCCGAUGCAGUACGCGGCGAUGCGGAGGGGCGCAGGGCGCGUCUGCGACCAGGGCGUGAGCAUGCCGCCCACGAACGCGGCGAAGAGCGCGGACGCGGUGAAGAAGUAUCCCGAC